AUGAAUGAUAAGUUGUUCAGAUGCAUAGAUAGAGACCCAUUGGAACUAGUCAGGUAUGCAGAGAGUGAAUGCCAAGCUUGGCAUAAUACGAAGGAAAUUAUAUCACCUCCUCUACAGGGACAGCCUGGAGAAGAAAUACAGGCCUUAAGCUUGGGUAAUAUUUGCAUGGUGGAUGGUUCGUGGACCUCAAUAGCUCAGUUCAGUGGAAUGGGAUGGAUCUGGAAGGAUAGUAUGGGGAAGAUUCAACUUAUGGGAUCCAGGAACUUAAUGCGGCGAGAAACACCUUUAUACUCAGAGCUAGAAGCGCUAAGAUGGGCAAUGGAGAGCAUGAUACAACACUCGAACUGCUGCGUGGAUCCACGAAACAAGAAGAAGGAACCUCAAAGCAAUGGACUGCAAAGCAGAGCAAUACAGGAUGAUGUCCCAUUGUUUGGAAGUCAAGGAGCUGAAGCUUCAAGCUACCCUGACGACAGUUCUGCAGAGCGUAGGGAACUCAGGUUGUGGACGCCGGUAGAAGAUAUUGUGCUUAUCAGCUCCUGGCUUAACACAAGCAAAGAUCCAGUAGUGGGAAAUGAGCAACGGUCAGGUACAUUCUGGAAAAGUAUUGCCGCUUACUUUGCGGCAAGUCCAAAGGUUGCAGUCAGUGAACAGCGAGACGCAAAUCAUUGCAAGCAGAGGUGGCACAAGAUCAAUGAUCAAGUAAACAAGUUCUGUGGGGCUAUUGAAGCAGCAACUAGAGAGAAAACUAGUGGGCAAAAUGAGAAUGAUGAGUUAAGAAAUGAUCAAAAAUGGUGUGGCCUUAAAUCCGAAGGAAGCUCAAAAAGGAGGAAGUAUCAGGAGGGUUCACAGUCAGAGAGUUCAGCCGCAAAUGAAACAAGAACUGAUGAGGAAGAGCGUCCCCCGGGUGUUAAGGCCGCAAAAGGAAAGAAGACGAAGGUAGAGGGGAAAGAUAGGAUCUCAGAGUUUCAGACCAUGUGGUCCAUCAAACAGCAGGACCUGGUUAUCAAAGAGAGGCUUUCCAAGAUGAGAUUACUUGAUAGUCUACUAGCCAAAAAGGAACCUCUUGCUGAUUACGAAGAAGCUCUGAAGAAGAAGUUGAUUAAUGAGUUGUUGUCUAGGUAG